ACCAAUCAAAAUGCUUUGAAUAUGAGGCGAGUCGAAUCCUUGACCUUGGACACAUACACACAAAGUAUUAAUGGCGUCAGAAUAGCAUACAGCAUAUUUAUGAAAUGAAGUAAAUGGAAAGAACUGGAAUAUCUUUGACCUACAGGCCUUAGUCGCAGUUUUAUUGAGACUGGCUACUGGUCCUCCAUUAGAAGAUAUGAAGAAAUGGAAUUUGCUGUUAUCUGAACAGUUGUUUAAGCAUGAGUUUGUCCCGCCUUCGUCAGCUCCUUUGCAGGGGUCAACAAAAUAUACCAAAAGAUGGAAAUAAAGAAGUUCUUUUGAACAAUUCACCAGAAGAUGUAGGAUGGUCCAGAUACCUAGUUAAACUCGAAGUUGAGACCGUAAUGCGACGUCGUCAAUUGUCUUCAACACGAGUUCUACUCAAGACCAGUGUUACAACUGUUCUUUCGAUCUGUUUGUUGUUUCUGAUUUUUUACACCAUAGUUCUCAUAUUUUUCACUCCAGUUGUGCCAGUGGAAUAUAAUGAGUGGAGGGCACGUCACAGACUAAAAUUAAUUGCCAAGAUCAAGUCUGGAAGUGAAAGUCACAAGAAGACUGACCAAAUUGCUAAGUCGGUGAUGUGGAAUGUGUCCAAUUCCAUCAAUAUACAUUUACCAGAACCUAGAUGUGAGGAAAAGCUUGUGAUUUUAAUUCUUAUCUCUUCAUCAGUUCCACAUUUUCAACAGAGAAAUGCUAUAAGGAAGUCAUGGUGUAAAACAAAUCAAGACAAGUAUGCAUGGAAGUGUAUAUUUCUUGUAGGACAGCCAGAGGAAUCGGGGAACUUUAUAGAAUUGAUACAAAAAUUACAGAAGGAGAAGGAAAACAACAGAGACAUUUUACAUGGCAGCUAUUUGGAUACAUACCGAAACUUGACAUACAAAGUGAUGCAUGGAUUCUCGUGGGCAACUGCUCAUUGUCCUGCCAAAUUCCUAUUAAAAACAGACGAUGAUUGCUUUGUGAAUACUCGAUUAAUCUAUGAUUUAGCUUUACAUCAUCAGGAUGUGAACAAUCUGUAUAUUGGAACAGUGUCAAAUGACAUGGAGAAAAGGAAGGUAAUCCGCAAUGUUGCAAAUAGGUGGCAUGUUGUGCAAUCUGACUACAAUGAAGAGUACUACCCAUCAUAUGCAAGUGGAGCUGGUUACCUCAUGUCAUGGGACACUGUGGAAAAAUUUGUGUCCAUCAGUCCAUAUAUCAAACCUAUUCCUGUUGAGGAUGCCUAUGUUGGAAUCAUGGCACAAGCUAAAAACAUCAUUCCUUCCAACUCAGGGAGAUUUGUUUUGAUGAGUAAUGGAUGGACUCUGUGCAAUUAUGCAUAUCUAGUAGUCAUUCAUAAUGUUAAGUAUCACCAACAAGAGGAACUGACCCACCAAUCUGUGCAGGCCACAGAGAAAUGUUUGGGGGGUCGGUCCCAAGGAGAAAUGUACACCUGGAAUUAGUCAACUGUAGCCAAUAUUUUUAAAAUUAUGUUUGGUGUCACUAUCCAUGUGUUCAGCUAAACUUUAUAUUGGAAAAUAAUUUUUGCCAUUAUUGUUUCUCUUCUGAAUUACAGUUACCCAAAAGACAACAUUGGCGUAAUGCCUAUGUACUAAAAUUGGGUACCUUCCAAGUCUUGUGUAGCUUGUCAAAAGGUAACCUAUUCAAAAUGUCUAGAGGAGCUAUGUUUAUUUUUUAAAUGCAUACAUAUUUAGUUCCUGUUUUACACUUUUAAUGUAUGGGUCUGCUUUGUGACCUUCUUACACAACUUCUACCUGUAUUAUCAGAUUUAAAUUGCCUUUGAGCUACCUACAAAUAGGGCUCUAUUUCAAAAUUUCUUGCAGUUUAUGAGGUAAGAUUCUCAUUUUGAAUUUUCCAUCCAUCAUAUCCAGGUGUAUUUGUGCUCAUUGAUAAAUCCUGUUAUUGUCAGGCUGUCAGCAAUUUGCAUAUGCUGGAAUUGGUACACAUGUCCUGAAGUUCUAGUCAGUAGUUGAAGGUGAAGUUUUUUCUAACUGCUGAACCUUACAGAGUGCUUGAAAGAUAAAGAGUGAAUGUUUACUGUGUGACACUGUUACGUGCAUGAAUUUUAUAAUUAGCAUGACACAUGCUAUCAUUACCAUGAUUGUAGUAAAUGUCACUAAACGAGCAAAACAUUGAGCAACUUCAUGUCAUUGGACAUCGUGAUUUGCAAAACUGACAAAUGUGAAAAGUGUCUUACAAGAUACUGAAAAUAGUAAUUAUAUACUGGAGCUGUGUUUAGGAAACUUUCUGGUCAAUAUCAGACUAUAGGAUUCAUGCUUCAUGUGUUUAGAUUGAUUUUCAUGACUUGCAGGGCAUGGUGCAUUGUACAUCAUUGAUUCAUUGUCUCAUUUUCCAAUUCUGUGUAUCACUCUACUCCUGAUAAAUUAGUUGUACAUUUGGUGAGUGUGGAUUGAUGUUUUUAUAUCUUAAAAGUGAUAUGAAAGAUAUCAUAUAUUUUUCAUUUUCUUUAUAUAUUUGUUUUCAUGCACAGAGGGGGCCUCCUUGAUGCAUUAAGCACUCUCUUCCAUGCAUAUCAAAAAUUCUGUUCCAGUCUAUUUAAACAGUGUCUUAUUCAUCUGGCAAAUUCUCAAUUGUUUACCAUUUACUUCUGUUCCAUUUGAUGACCCUGUCUAAGAUUUUACAAUGAGUGCAUAAUGCAUUUCUUUUUACAGGCCUAAAGAGAUUGUUUUUCAGUUGGCAAUUUAAAUUUGACCUAGUUUGUCUUAAGACUUAUUCUCUUAAUGUGCCAUAGUGACACAUUUAAAUAAUUGCAUUCCUUCUAAACCUGUAUUCUUUUUGUACAGGUUUAUGAGAUUGUUUUAGAAUAUGAGAAUCUCUGAUAAUAUUUCACUCAGUUUUGUUCAUUCUUGUACAUCUGAUCAUAUUUUGUAGAGUUAAGAAAUUUUCUAUGCAUUUUGCUAAUUUGAAUACUCAAGUUUUAUUUAUUGUCAAGUGCUGCAUCUUAUGUGGCUUUUUAUGUCACCUGAGUCACUCCAGUCAGGAUGUGACCUGUUGCUAUCCGUUUUCGUUCAUCGGUUGUAAACUUUUAAUUUAACAUUUUGAGGUUCUUCUCGUGAAUGGCUGAACCAAUUCUAACCAAUUUUGGUAAUAGCAUCUAUAGGUAAAGGGGAACAAAAACUGUGAAUUUAAUGGACUGAGGGGUGGGGCCAAAUCCAUCAAAUUUAUGCUAUCUUCAAAAAUCUGUAUUCCUGGACAUCAACCAAUCAAAUUAUAAUAAGCAAUGAAAUUUUGAAAUUCAUUACCCCCAGGUUGAGACCAAGUUGGUUAUAUAUUGGAAAUGCAUUAUAUCUCAGAAAAACCUCUCUACUUCUGGACAUCGAGGCAGAAUGUGUGCAUGAUUAUGAUAAGCAUAGGGUUGUCUACUAAAAUUUUGAAAGUUAUGGUUCAGGGUUCAGGUUUUAUUAUGACAUGAACAAGCAAGGGUGGAUUUUUUAGCUCACGAGUUGAAAGUUCAGUUGAGCUUUUCUGAUCACAUUUUUUGUCCAUUUGUCUGUCCAUAAACAUUUUUGACUUCUUAAAAACCACAAGGCUUAAUUAUUUCAGCUGAACUGUCACGAAGCAUGCUUGGGUAAAAAGGAUUCAAGUUCGUUCAAAUGAAGUGCCAUGUCCUUUUUGAAGUAGAAAUAAUUAAGAACUAGUAAAGAUUUUGUGGCAUCGUUUAAAAAUCUUCUCAAGAACCACUGGGUCAAUUUUAAACAAACUUGGCACAAAUUACAGUAGGUUGUGGCCACAAUAGGGGAUCAAAGUUUUACAUUAUGGGGAUAUAUAAAUCUUUAAAAAACAGUUAUUCUCAACUAGAACAGUAAGGUCAUUAAUCAUAAUAAUAUGCAAGUAUACCCAGGUAGUGCAGAUUCAAAUUGUGGUUCUAGGGGGUAGGGUGAGGUAACUUUUGGGGAUCAAAGUUUUACAAGUGAAUAUCUUUAAAAAUAUUACAGCAGGACCAUAAAUACUUUCAUUAUGCAAACAUACCCAGGUAAGGUUUGUUCAAAUCAUGAGCCUCUGGGGCUGAAUAGGGUAAUUUAAAACAAAUUCUUUUCAAGAUUAGUAGUAUUACACUAAAUCAUCAAAAUGCAGAUGUUCCAAAGUUGUGUUGAUUAAAGAAUUUCAUGCUCCUGUGACUUUUAGUCGGGGGGGGGGGGGGGGGGGGGGGGGUUGUUGUAUUGUUUUUAUUCUAUCUGUUUGAAACUUGAUCCUUGCUUAUAAUUAUUGAAUGGUGAGUCAUGGGGCUCUCAUAUUUUUAAUUUGUAUUCCUUGUGACAAGACCUUUCUUUUGGUAUCAAAGUUUUCGACAUUUUGAGGUUGACCUACUUUUAAGAAAAGUUAACCUGGGCAAUAUCCUCAGAACUGUUCAGAGGCUUUCAUAUUUUGUGUAUACGUUCCUUAUGGCAAGACUGUACAUUUCAUACCAUGGUUUUUUAUCUUAUGACAUUGUAUCAUGGUUAUAUUGUGACAUAUGGGGCUUCGUUGCAGUCAAAAUGUUUCAUGGGAAUAAAGAUUGCAAAAAAUCUGUUAAACAUCACAGCAUGGUCAAGGCGACUCCUGAGAUAUAACAGUUAUCUUGUCUACUGAAUAUUCUUAGAGUAGGAGUUAUAUGGUCCCUAUGGCAAAUUACCCAAUGGUAUGUUAGAAAUGUUUUUGUAUUAAUGAUUUUUAAAUUUUCAUGCAUACAAAUCGUGAGCUUUGGAAAAUGUGAUACAUAGUACUCAGGUGGCCGUUAUGGCCCAUAGGCCUCUUGUUUAAAGAUACGUCAUUCAAACAAGAUUCAAUGGAGGGAAAUGUUUAUCAACAGCAAUGAUAUCUUUCACACAAAACAUUCUGUUUACAUUUAGACUGCAUACUAAAUUUACUGAUCACGCAUUUCCAUAUAGUGAUGCAAAUAAUCAUCUGUUUAACUAUCAGUGUAUUCUAAACCAAUUUGAAAUUGAUAAACACAUUUUUUGUUAUGAUUCUUUACAACUCUGUAAUACAGUGUGUAUUACGUGGAUGUGCUUUUUCUCUAGUAAUGAUCUGGUUGUAGAGUUUUUGUACAUAACCUGGAGCUUUGAAUUAUGUUAAAGUAAAUGUUAUGAACUGUAAGUGUGUUUAAGUGAAAAGUCAAUAUAGUAUGUCUUUGUUUACUAAUACAUGUAUAAUGUGUUGGUUUUGGUUAAGUUUUUACAAAAUCAAAUGAAAACAAGUAAAAUUAUGAAAAU